AUGUCGUUGUGGGAUUUCAUCGUUGUCGGCGGAGGCCUUGCCGGCUCCGUCAUAUCCAACAGACUCCUCCACAAAGAUCCGACCCUGAAGAUCCUGCUGGUCGAAGCUGGGCCCAAUGUCAAUGGUCUCGAGUCUAUCGCGUACCCAAACACCAGUACCGGUGCCGGGAGCGACAUUGACUGGGCUUAUACCUCAGUUCCGCAAGCCAACGUAGACAAUAGAUCGAUCGCUGCGCCCGCUGGCAAGGCCCUCGGUGGAGGAACAGCCAUCAAUGGAGCUGCCUGGGUCCGCGGCCACACGGUUGACUACGACCUCUGGGCCGAAGAAGUCAGCGACAAUCGAUGGAGCUACGAGGGCCAGCUUCCCUACAUGAAGCUGACGGAGAAGUUCUUCGACGCCAGCAUCAACCCUUCCCAGCACGGUGAGAACGGUCCCAUGAUCGUCCAGGGCGUCACGCCCAUGAACCGACACUUCCCCAUGCGAAAAAAGCUGGCCGAGUCCCUCGAAGCUCUCGGUAUCGCAGCGCUGCCCCAGCUUGACGCGAACGCCGGAAACCCCAUCGGCUACGGAGACCUCCAGGAAAACCGCAACCAAGGGCGCAGACAGCUAUCUUCAGAAACCUUUCCUUUGGACGGUGUCACCGUGAUCACCAACACAAUGGUCGAGAACAUCCUCGUGUCCAAGAGUUCCAACAGCACCGCCGUCACAGCCGAGGGCAUCCGCCUGCAAAACGGAACAGAGUACCACAGCCGCAAGACGAUCCUCUCCGCCGGCGCCUACCGCACCCCUCAGCUCUUAAUGCUUUCAGGCAUCGGUCCCGCCAACGUCCUAACGGAGCACGGCAUCGAGGUGAAGCUCGACCAGCCCGAGGUCGGCCAGAACAUGCACGACCACAUCCUCAUGCCCACGGCGUGGAAGGUCAAGAACCCCUCCGAGGGCUGGGCCUACGAGUCGGACAACCCGCUCUUCAAAGAACCGCAGUACGGCCUCGGCAACAAGAUCGACUUCCUCGCCACAGUCACCUUACCCAAGGAAGGACUUGCGGCGGCCAUCGCUGAGGACGAGGGCGGCGUUGCGCCGGGCCCGGAGCAUCCGCUCCUCCGCCAGGACCGCGCGCACGUCUCCCACACGCUGCAGUAUAACGGCGCCUCGACCGACGGCUCUGCUGUCCUUAUGCUGUCCAUCGUGCUGAUCGAUACCUCGAGGGGCUCGGUGGGCAUCUCGUCGGCCAACGUCAGCGACCCGCCCGUCAUCAACCCAAACUACCUCAGCACGGCGGUGGAUAGGUACGCCGUGCGGGAAGCUCUCAAGUUUGAUACCCGGCUUCUCGGGAGCGAUCUGACGCCCGUCGGUCGUGAGAUCCUCGACGGCGAGCUCACGCCUGACACGCCUCUAACGGUGGAUUCCCCUGACGAGGCGUUUAACGCGCGCGCCCGCCAGGUUGCAGGCGGAACGGCAUCCAUGGGCAAGGUUGUCAACACGGACCUCAGCGUCAAGGGCGUUGACGGGCUUUUCGUCGCCGACUCCUCCAUCUUUCCGGUUUCCAUCUCUGCCAACCUGCAGGUGGCCAUGUACGCCAUGGCCCUCCAGGCUGCGGAGAUCAUUGGGGAGCACGGGAGCAAGUGUCGUCAGGUUCGAACCACGUUGUAA